AUGUUCGUGCUUCAUGAACCCCAGAAGCUGCAGAUUAUGUAUGAAUCCCUGGAAAAGAGCAUCCCUGAGUCCUUGAAGGUAUAUGGUGCCAUUUUCAACAUUAAAAAUAAAAACCCAUUCAACAUGGAGGUGCUGGUUGAUGCCUGGCCAGAUUAUCAGAUAGUCAUUACUCAGCCUCAGAAAGUGGAGAUGAAAGAUGACCUGGAUCAUUAUACCAACACUUACCACAUCUUCACCAAAGCUCCUGAUAAGUUAAAGGAAGUCCUGGCAUGCCCCCAGGUUAUCAGUUGGGAACAACCUUUCCAGAUCCAAGGUAACCAAUGUGAGUUAAAAGGGAAAGACCCUUGGUUCUUUCACAUUAGAUCUUCAAAAUCAGUGCAGGUGGAUUACCUGAAGACCACACUCAUGACACAAAUACCAAUGGAACCCAAGACAUCAAGUGAUAACCAGGUGGACUUGGUGGAGUCAUUUAUCAUGCCCAAAAUGGAUGAAGAUAGCAAGAAAGGAAGCUUUCAGAACAUCUUGGAUGCCUCCCACGUGGGGCUUGUGAAUGAGCAGUGGAAUUUUGGAAAAAAUGGGAGGAGCUUGAAAUAUAUUGAAUGCUGCCUCAAGAAUUUUCCAGGAUUUGGUGCUGGGCCAGAGGGGGACACUAUCUCUUGGACUGUGAUGGAAUAGUCUUGUGAGAUGAGAAUGGGUUACACUGUCCCCAACCGAGACCAAGGCUACAUGAAGAAAAUUGGUUCUCACUUUAUAAAGUAUUUUAUUCAGAAAAAAAUGCCAUUUAAUUUCCAUGUGUCAAAAGAUAAAGAAAACCUUCAGCCACUGAGAAGUGUGGAGUUUAAGUCUGCUCCUUGUGGUUGGCAUCAGUGGAAAUGCACUCCUAGAAAAUAUUGUUGA